AUGCCGAGAGCUCAUGCCUCUGAUGGGGUCGAUGAGAAACGUUUGGAACGUCGCAAAUAUCAAACAUUUUUGCAUCAUGAGAAAAAAUCGUAUAUUCAACAGAUGGCGGAACUUCUUCUUCCUCCCGACAUGAUCAACCAAGAUACUAGAAUCGUUUUGAGAGCGAUCCGAGAGAUAUUAGAGAAGAAAUUUCCCGAAAAAAUCGGCAAAGAGAAUGGAUGCUUGUUCCGUAGAACGGUAGAAUUUGAUGGUGUCAGAAAAUCAAUCUGGGCUCCGUGUGAUCCGUCGAAGAAUGCACAACUAUUUGAAGCCAAAAAUGGAGGAGUCAAAAAUUAUAGAGUAAAAGUGGAAGUGAAAGAAGAACCAGAUUCGGGCGAUAACAUAUCACUGCAAAAAGUCAAUCCAAUGAUCAAGACCGAGUUGAAUCCAGAAGAACCUAACGUAGACCACAUAAACCCACUAAUGCAAGUUGCUCCACCGCCAGUUCAACAAGUGUAUCAUUUCCCCUUCCACUACAACCCAGGAGUUCUUCACUUUUUCAAUUCCAUGCUACACCCUCCUCCUAACCCCACACUGAUGUUUGACGCCGUCUAUCCAGAGCAAAGAGACGUUUUCGGAAAUAUUUCUUUUCAUCAAAAAUUGGAAUACGAUCGUGUCAACGCUGAAUUGGCAGCUUUGAUGCCCCAACCAAGCAGGAAUAUGGGUAAUAUGUUCCAUCCGCAGUUCGGCACAGUCUCGCCAAAUCGAUUCAUGCAUUGGCAACCCGUUCCUUAUUAUCCACCACCCAGCAAUCUGAAUGGCAUCAAUCUCUUGGUCCAACCAAAUUUCCAUUUCGAAGAAGAACAUAACUGGACAUUGAUGGCAAGCCCACCGGGACCCCCACUUACAGAAGAUGAAGCAGCUGGUUUCGAAUUUCCGGAUUUAAAACUUUAA